AAAAUCCACUUUUGGGGUCCUUUUCAGCAACCUUUACAAGACUUAACCCAAUACUCAACCUCUCUCUCCUCUCCAUAUAAACCCUUAAUUGUACUUCUCUUUAUACUUAUGCAUUGCAUUAGAUUUUUCUAGAGAGAGAGAGAUAUGGCCAUGGCUGCUGCUUGCUGCCUCAAUCCCUCUCCUCCCACCCCACGUUCAAGCAACUCUUCUUCUUCUUCUUCUUCUUCUUCCAUGGCUUCAAGAACAGUACAAGUCCCAUGGAACCGGAACGGAGCGCGGUCGGGCGCCGCGGCAAGAGUGGCGAUGGUGGUGAUCGGGCUGGUGGAGAUGGGCAACACCUUCAUGGGGGCCGGCGAGAUCCCCGAGGCCAUGGCUCUCGAGACGCCGGGAGACGGCCGCCCCGAGGACGGGGUCGCGAGGGUCGCACGGUGGAGCGAGAAGAGGGCUUGCCCGCCUUGGAGGCUCAACUCCCUCGAGACCAUCGUGCCAGAGAACCUCCCGAGGCCGCACGCUCACCGGAGGUCGGAAUCGGUUGGUUUCUCCGAUCGCCAAGACGCACCAGCCCUCAAUCUUGGGGUCGCCAUAUCAAACCCUAGAUGCUUCUCCAUGUAACCUCACAUGCCCAUUAUGUACACAAAAUUGCGUUACAAACUAUACAUAAAUGACUAUACUUUCGCUUCUCGCAAUUCUUCUUGUCGUGCAUGUUGAACAUCCGUCUCAUCUAUCUUAAGUA